AUGAUAAAAAUUAUAUUUUUAUUUAUAGUUUUAAUAUUGUUUUCAAAGUUAUGUAGUUCAAUAGAAAUAGUUUUGGUUGUGGAUUUAACAAGUAAAGUUAAAUAUAGUGGUUUUAAUUGUGGGGGUUCAAUAGAGAUAGUAAAUGGUAUUCAAAGUAACCAAAGUUUUCCACCUUGCACGUCUAUUACUGAUGCUGGUCAAAGAUCAUAUGGUUUUAAUCAAGAUUUAAAAUAUAAUGAUUCUUCCUUAUUGAUUUUAUUAAAAAACUAUGAUGGGAGUGUAAUAAAAACUAAAGAUAAUCUAAUAAUAAAAUUAAAAAGUUAUUGCUAUUUUGAAAUUAAAGUAAUAGAUAAUCCUAAUAUAACAAUUACAAUGGAACAGACGAAUAAAGGAGAAAAAAUAUUUUUAGAUUAUUCGCUUGAAUAUAACCUUGUUUGUACAGAUUAUAAACCUAGGGUAGUUUUAAAAAAUAUGAAAUUAAUUGGUUGGAACUAUGCAAUUAUUAUUUUAAAUAAUACAGAUUCUUAUGUAAUUAAAAAGGCAAGUUUUGAAUUUUCAUCCAUUAUUGUUGAAGAAUCAGUUUUUUUUAUAACCUCUCGUAAUACAAAUUAUCAAGGUAAAACAAAUAUUAUUAUAAAAGAUUCAAUAUUCAAGAAUUUGUAUACAAAUUUAAUGGGGUUUAUUUGGUCUCAAAACAAUAUAUAUUUAUAUAAUUCCACAUUUAAUAACUAUGUAUCCCAAAUCCCAUUGAUUCAAGCUCUUAAUUCAAUUUUAUAUAUAGAAAAUUGUAGGUUUAUUAAUAUUAAUAUCCCAUCUCUAUCCCCAAUGAUUUUAAGCUAUUCUUAUCAAACUACAAUGAGUUAUAUAUAUAUAGAAGGUUGUGCGUUAUAUAGUAUUAUUUAUAUAGAAUGUAUUGGUGACCAAACUAAUUAUAUUUCAAAUGUAAUAAUCUCAAAUAGCCAAUUUUUAAAUAGCAAUUUAAAACCUUUUAUAAUUUUUAAUAGACCACAAAAUGGAGUUUUUAUAAUAUCAAAUAAUAUAAAUUCCCUUCCUUUAAUAUUGAACAAUAUAACUUUUUUGCCCAAUAAUAUUGUUGUACCCCAAAACAAAUUUUUUUUAAAUUCAAACAGUUUAAAACUUUUAAAUAUUUCAAAUUCAAUAAUAUCAAAUAAAGUUCAAAAUUUAAUUUAUGGUAAUAGAACCCAAAUUAAUUUUUUAAACGGAAAUUAUAUAGAUAUAAAAAAUUUGGUAAACGGUUCAAAUAAUAUUAUUAAUUAUUUUUAUAGAAUACAUAGUGCUGUCCCUAAAGAGUUAAACAGCAUUCAAUCAUGUUCAGAAUGUGAUGAGAAUUAUUAUAUUCAAGAAGAAAAAAUAGAAACAAAUGUAACAGAAACUCCAACAAUAUCAAACUCAUUUUCUAAAGAAAAAAUUUCAAAUAGUUUUAAAAUGCUCUAUUUAAUUCCAAUUAUUAUUUGUCCCAUUUUGCUGAUUUUUUUUAUUGGGUUUUUUGUAAAUUAUAAAUUAAAAAAAGAAAAAAAAAAUAGGUCAAGUACUAUUUAUAAUAAUGGAGAGGCAACAAUCGAGUUAGAUGCUGUCCCAUCCUAA